CCUUGCCGGUGCUGUAUGAGUGUGUGGACGGGGCUGCCUGAAGUGAGAGAGACUGUGAGAGAGCCGUGUGCUGUGGCUUAUCCUUGUCCUAUGCGGAUUUUACCACUGACUGUCAGGCCGAGCGGCUCGCAUCAUCUAGGGCAGGCCCCCCGUUCAGACACCCCCUUUCAAAGAUUCCUCAAAACGCGCACCGCUGGAGGAUAAUUGUGGUUGCCCUGCUUAGUCAGUUUUAUUUCGGGGGAAUAUUAUCGACGCUGAGGACUUGGGAGAGGAGAAAAGCGGAGAGGCGAGGAUGCUCAGUGGGCAAGGCGAGAGAUGAGCAGUGGGCAUGGGGCAUCUUACAAUUCCCGACAGAAAAGAGGAGCCUUCACUGGCAUAGCUACCUCCCCACUCUUCCCCUCCUCCCAUCCACAUUUCCCUCUUCUCCCCCAUUCUUAAACCGUUGACCGUUUGUUUAUCGCCUUCUCUCCCUCCAUAUUUCCCCAUCAUCUGUCACCAUGACAACCUCAGCCCUGCGCAGGCAGGUGAAGAAUAUUGUACACAACUAUUCAGAAGCAGAGAUCAAGGUUCGUGAGGCCACCUCAAACGAUCCAUGGGGGCCAUCCUCGUCUCUCAUGUCAGAGAUUGCUGACUUAACCUUCAAUGUGGUGGCGUUUGCUGAGGUCAUGGGUAUGGUGUGGAAGCGCCUCAAUGACAGCGGCAAGAACUGGAGACAUGUCUACAAGGCCCUGACACUGUUGGAUUACUUGCUGAAGACAGGAUCAGAAAGGGUGGCCCAGCAGUGCCGUGAGAAUGCGUUCACUAUUCAGACCCUGCGCGACUUUCAGUAUGUGGAUCGUGAUGGCAGAGACCAGGGGGCCAACGUAAGGGAAAAAGCACGCCAACUGGUCUGCCUCCUUCGGGACGAGGAGCGGCUGCGCCAGGAGAGGAGUCAAGCCCUUAAGACCAAGGAGCGAAUGGCUGGUGGAGGCAGUGGAGGGGGUGGAGGUGUUUAUGGAGGUAUACCCCCAGCGUAUCACCCAGGCAGACGCACAAGUCAGCCCAGCAUGGCUGUGCUAUACGGGGAGGAAUUCAGUCGCUCCAGAGGCUCUCCGUCUUCCUUUAACUCCUCGUCCUCGUCUCCUCGAGCCGCUUCAGACCUGGAGAAGGCUCGACCUCAGACCAGUGGGGAAGAGGAGUUACAGCUCCAGCUGGCUUUAGCCAUGAGCAGGGAGGAGAGUCAGAAGGAGCAGCGCUGUCGCCAAGGAGACGAGUCACUGUUACAGAAGGCCCUGGAUGAGAGCCGGAGAGAGAGCCAGUCAGAGACGCACGAGUCUGCCAUGUUGGAUCUAGUGGACAUAUUUGGAUCCUCAUCUGAGCCCCCUCUGCCACCUAGUGACCCUUGGAACUCUGCUAAGCCCACCAGUAACGUCUCUUCUGACCCGUGGGACUCUGUAGCAGUCCACUCAAGCACUCCUGUGAUUGGUAGCCCCUGGACAGCCCCUCCCUCCUCCAACAACACAUCCAAUCCUUGGGCUCCUUGUACCAACUCACGCACAGACCCAUGGGAAGCAGGACCUGAUGCAGAGUUGUUUGGGACAAAACCAGAGUCUGACCCAUUUUCUGGUCUAGACUCCAAGCAGGACCCAUUUGGAACGGAGCCACCAGUGAAACCCCAGGUAAACGGACGAGAUUCAGCCAGCCCGGAGAUGUUUGACCUGUCACGGCUAGCACCCCCGCUCAGUGCCCCGGCUACACGUGUGUGUCGGACUCCAGAGGCUUUUCUGGGACCUACGGGGGCCUCGCUGGUGAAUUUAGACACUCUGAUACCCCCCAACCCCCCUACAAAGACGCACAAUAACCCUUUCCUCUCAGGUCUGAGCGCACCAUCUCCUAACAACCCAUUUCACUGCGACCAGCCUCGCCUCACCCUCAACCAAAUGCGACCGUCCUCCACGUCCCCACUGCCCCCCCACAUGCUGUCCUACAGCCCGUCGCUGCCCCUUCCACUGCUCCACCAGCCUCCCAUCCUCCCCUCUUCUUUCACACAACCUCCUGCUGGACUCCUGGACCUUCCCUCUAACCUCCCACAGCCCCUGCUUCCCCUUUCUCCACGACCAGCACCCCGCACUCAGUCACAAACACACAGUCACAACCCUUUCCUCUGAGACUCUAACAUCUUGCAAGCUC